AUGAGGUUAACACGGAGUUCUUCCCUCCGUGGCUACGUGCUCUCCGCGCUGCUUCUCCUAGCUGCGUCGGCCAAAGCUCAGCAAGCACCAGCUGCGAGGACAGAUCCAACUGAAGGGCAACCUGAUGAAACAGAGGGUGGACCAAGUGGAGAGCUGAAUAUCACAUCAGGAAACAUACAGACAGAACCAAGGAAUACUUCCAACCAGUUCAUUCCAGAUCAAUUAAUGCAGGGACAUUAUGUACUUGGUCACAACUUUGGGCUUGGUAUCUCGCAGAACCUUCACGACAAUUUGAAUCAGUUUGAUCAGGCCUCCUCGGUUUCAACCUUGCAACAGCAGCCGUUUCCUGGGAAUGGUCAACUAACCCAAGGAUAUCCUAGUGAUAUGCAUGGGUUGCAAUUCGUGGAGACAACUCCCCAAAUCGAUCAUCAGAAUGGCGACGAGGGUCAGUCGUCAAUACCGGAACGUCAUCGAAUGUCCUUUGCCAACGAUGUGGAACCGAUGCUGGAGCACAGAGUAGCUAGAUCGAACCAGAGCACAGAGAAGGACGAAGGACCGAAUGAAGAUGGAUGGAUAAAGAGGAAAAGCAAAAGGGACAUAGUUGUCGAAGGAUGCUGA